AUGUCUCAAGAGACAAACAAGAAAAUAGCGGCGGAGCAUAUGCCGCAAGUUGAAGCCUUCGAAACAGCCGACAGCUGGACCAACAUCGCCGAAGAUGCUCGCAAUGCAACGGAAGAAGAACAUAGCUUGACUUUUCUCAAGGCAGUCAAGAUGUACCCGCAAGCAUGCAUGUGGUCCAUGAUUGUCUCAAUCGUAGUCAUUAUGGACGGAUACGACACGGCUCUUAUCGGCUCUCUGUUCGCCUAUCCCGCUUUUCAACAGCAAUUUGGGCAUACCCAAGGACAAGGGAAAUACCAAUUGGAGGCAAAAUGGCAGACUGCUUUAGGACUGGCUAGCCCUCUGGGUAAUAUCGUUGGCAUUUAUCUCAACGGUCUUAUUACCGAGUGGUUUGGCCACAAGAAAGCCGUUUUGGGAACGCUUGUAUUCCUCACUGGGGUUCUAUUUAUCCCCUUCUUUUCCAAGACCAUUGAAGUGCUCUUUGCCGGCGAGUUGCUGUGUGGCUUGGCGUGGGGCGUUUUCACCACUUUGGCUCCAGCAUAUGCCUCAGAGGUUGCUCCAGUAGCUCUUCGGGCAUACCUCGAGACUUUCGUUGUCCUUUGCUGGGGAAUUGGCCAAUUCGUUUCGUAUGGCGUUCUCUACGGCUUGGUAAAUCGCACUGGCGAAUGGUCCUGGCGAAUCCCGCUGGCCAUCCAGUGGAUUUGGCCUGUUAUUGUCAUUCCCCCACUCCUGUUUGCUCCAGAGUCUCCAUGGUGGCUUGUUCGCAAAGGUCGUAUCGAAGAAGCUGAGAAGUCUAUGAAGCGACUUUCGUCCAAGAGAUCGGAAACCAGCAAGCAAUCCGUUGCAUUGAUGGUUCAAACCACCAACCUAGAGAUGGCCAUGACGGAAGGUGCUUCAUACAGGGACUGCUUUCGCGGAACAAACCUGUGGCGUACCGAAAUCGGAUGCGUCGUUUGGGCGUCUCAGGUUCUCUGCGGUUUUGCCAUAGCUAAUUACUCGUCCUACUUUUACGAGCAGGCUGGGUUACCGGCGGCAAACGCUUAUAAAAUGACCAUUGGACAAGGCGGCAUCCAUUUCUUGUGUACUCUACUUUCGGUAUUUGUGACUGCACGAUUUGGCCGACGUGGAAUCAUGCUCUGUGGAUAUGCCGGCAUGUCUUGUUCUAUGUUUAUCCUUGGAUUUUUAGCACUUGCUCACCAAACCACGGGAUUGGGUUACGGCCAGGCAAUUAUGUAUCUUGUCUGGUAUGUCGUCUACCAGUUGACUAUUGGUCCGACAGCCUUCAUCGUUGUUGGCGAGAUAUCUUCCACCCGCCUUCGGUCCAAGAGUAUAUCUCUGGCUCGUAACGCAUACAACGUUGCGAAUGUGUUCAGCGCCACUGUGGCUCCCUAUACUCUGAACCCUACCGCGGGAAAUUUGAAGGGCAAGACUGCCUUUUUGGCAGCCGCUUUUGCUCUGCUUUGUUUGUUGUGGGGCUAUUUUCGCCUCCCAGAAAGCAAAGGUAGGACUUACGAAGAACUGGAUCUCUUGUUUUCCCAGAAUAUAAAAGCCCGGGAAUUCAAAGAUGCGGUUGUCGACAGCACGGAUAUGCCUGAAUUUCACAAACAGCAUUAA